AUGACGAAUACUGGACUUCAAUACUGGAGUGUGGUUGCAUAUGAUGGUAAACAUCUGGUCGUGAAAGAUGAAGAUAAGAGUUGUCAUAUAAGAAGAGGAGUGGCUCGUGUUUACGACAUGGAAGCUAACAGUUGGGGACCUUCGUGGUUUACCAAGGAUUUGGGAUAUCACCACCUAAACUUCUAUAAAUUUACACCCUCUCUGUCCUUUUACCGGGAGGAUAAGCAAACAAAGGUGGUUUUGGCAUCCGAUGACAAAACCAUCCAUUUUCUGACUAAAAUUAUGAGACUAACUGAUCCAACUAAGUAA